GCUACUUCAUAUUUGUUUUGUGAAAUUGAUUGUAGAAAGUACAUGGGGCAAAAUCAUUUUGCAAAUAUAGUUUAGGGGAUAACUAUAGAUGACAGUCUCUAUGAUAUAAUAAGUAACCCAAGAGCGAAUUAUCUUCUGCUUCCAUCCACUGGACCAAAAAGAAGAUAAAAGAAAAAAAAUCUACGGUGUGGAAGCGCUGCAGCUCAUCCAUGGCCACCAUAUCAACCACAGCCACCGGCCCACAGCCACCGGCCCACCACCGCCACCAUGUGUCCCUCUCCUCCUCUCCCAACAGUUUCUCCGUUACUCAGAACAAGUCACCAAUGUCAACCAUCUCCUUCUUCAUCAUCCAUAAAGCUUGGUACCACUUUGUUUUUCAAUAAUGCCACUGUGGAUAGAGCGGCUGAGAGCUCUGUGAUGAUCAAUCCUGGAAAAUGGGGAUCUCAGUUAGAAAAGAGGAGGAAGAGAAGGAGGAGAAGGAGGAGAAGAAGAGAAGGUUUCGAGCGUCUAGAGCCUGAAGAAGAUGAAAAUAUUGACCAAGAAGUAGAACGAUCUAAUGUUCCUGUUGGAGCUUCACGUUCUGGUUUUCUGAGUCGUUUAGAAGAGGUUCAGCUUUGCUUGUACCUCAAGAAAGGAGCUAUACUUGAAAACCUUGGACCAAGUGCUGCAGAUAACGAAAUUGUAUCAGUUUUGCUGUCAAAUACUGGCAAAGGGAAGAAGAAGCGUAGCGCUUAUGAGAUAUUAUGCAGAAGAAGAGAAGCGAGAGAAAAGAUCACUCGUUUUUACCGGAGGCUUGUAUGUCUCUAUUGCCACAGGAUACCAAUGCAAAGAGUUGAUCUUCAAGACCUGAUUCAAGAAGGAAGCAUAGGGCUACUUAGAGGAGCUGAGAGAUUUGAUCCUGAACGUGGCAACAAACUAUCAACUUAUGUCUACUGGUGGAUCAGAAUUCAAACAGGCCAUCCUUAGGGCUAUAUUGCUCACAAGUCUAGACUAGCCAAAUUGCCGGUUGGGCUCUUUCUGUAUCUUGGAGGACUUCGGCUACGGCUGCGACCACGAGGAGAAGGACUUCGACCCCUCCUAGAGCCGCCGCCACCACCACCACCACAGGAGCGGCAUUCACAUGCAAAGUGACCAGACUCGCCACACUCAUAGCACUUAAAAUCAGAACCACCACGGCCACGACCACCAUCACCUCCUCCACGACCACCACCACGGCAUCCACCACCCCCACGAUUAUGAGACUGCUCUACUCUCCAUCCAUUCUUGCCUGACAUAAACAAAAAUAUUGAACUCUUAAACCCACACAAUAACACAUCAGCUUCACUGUGAUAAUUUUAAAAAUAUUCUUAUUUGCUACCAUCUCAGUCACGGAUGGCGUCGCGGGCGUCCCUUGAGUCUUCGAAAUCAAGAAAACCGUAACCAGGUGGUCUUUUUGCAACCCAAACACUGCACAAUAAUAACAAUUAAAAGUGCAAACCUCAGAUCAAACAAUUAAUACAGGUUUAUGUUGGGAAUAUUACCCAAUAUCGAUGAGAUGAAGAUGGGAUUAGACAACUAAAAGAUUUAAGAAGAAGACUCUUUAUAUUUAGGAAAAGGUUUACAAAGAUUUUGUUUUGAGAACUCUCUCUUACAAAUGUUUUAUCUCUUUGUUUUCUUGAUUCUUGGAUGAUUACAAAUGGUGCCAAGCACCCCUAUUUAUACAAGUGGAAGAGCAUACUCCAACAAGUUCUAGAUUUCUCUAAAUUAUUAUUUAUUUCAAAAUAUGUAACUCCAUAACUUUCUCUCUUCUUCUACACAAUUCUUCUUCUACACACUUCUUCAUCCUUCUCCAUUUUUCUCUACAUAUCUCCUCUUCUUGGGCUCUUGGGUUAUAACUUGAUUAGUUAUUAUUCUUGGGCUAAUGAGGGAAAACCCAACAAAUCUCCCCCUUCCCGAUUUAGCCCGAAACCGUUGUCAUCCCCGUGCCUUUGCAACAAUCUUCAAACUUCUUGAUCGGUAAUACCUUAGUCAUAAAGUCUGACCAGUUUUCAUCGGUGUGUACCUUGUUGAGAUGUAGAAGCUUCUCUUCAAGAACUUCUCGAAUCCAAUGAUGCCGAAUGUCGAUGUGCUUCGAGCGAGAGUGAAAUGUUAGAUUCUUUGCUAGGUGAAUAGCACUUUGGUUGUCACAUAGCAUGUUGUACUUUUCUUGUUUUACUCCUAACUCAAGCAAGAAAUUCUUCAUCCAUAGCAUCUCCUUGCAUGCUUCCGUUGCUGCGAUGUAUUCUGCUUCCGUGGUGGAUAAGGCAACACACUUUUGUAGUUUCGAUUGCCAGGAAACAGCUCCCCCUGCAAAGGUAGUAACAAAGCCUGAUGUUGAUUUCCUUGAAUCUUUAUCACCAGCCCAAUCUGCAUCGGUGUAACCGUUCAGCUCCAAUUUUUCAUUGCCAAAACAUAGACACUUCUUCGUUGUGCCUCGUAGAUAGCGUAGGAUCCACUUAAUUGCUUUCCAAUGCU